CAGAGGUCAGAACUGAAGCAGAUUUGCUUUCCAAAUGGACUCUCAGACCACAUCAGGGAAGGUUUACCUCCAACCACACAAAGCUGGAAAAGUGAGUACACAACUUGAACAUGGACUUUGCUGUUUCUCAGUAGCAGUGAUCAUUUAUGAGCCUGAUAGGGUAUAGGAUUGAAUAGACAGCCUUGUUUUCUAGCAGCUUUAGAUAAUAAUAGAUAAUAAUUGCUUUGUUAUGAUUACAGAAAUAAAAAUGUGAUAUUAACCUAAUAUGAACAUUGCCAGACAACUGACUUUACGCUACAGUGAAUAAGUAAAUAGAAACAUACAUAGCACAAAAUUAUAAUAUAUGAUCUUGUCCCGGGUUCAUUCACAUUCCACAUUUAGCUGAGAGAACAAAGUGUGAGUUCUCAGCCUUUCUGUGUGUUGCUCAAACGAGACUCCAGAGCAGGAAUCCAAAUUAACAAGUUGAAACACAGCACAGUUUCAACACUACACAUUCCUGUGCAGCACUGACAGCUGCAUGCUCACGCUUUUCAGUAUCACUGCAGAGCCCAUUUGAUUGAAUUUCUAGAUUAUAGUCUUAAACUCUAACCUGAAACUGGUAUAGAAAUACAAAGUGUCCAUUAUGAAUCACUGUUAACCUGCUGUAUAUGUUCAGAGUUUAAUGCAUUAUAUGAAACAUGAGGUGCUUUGAGUAAUGAUAUAUAAUAUGCAGUCCUGUAACAUUUGUUCCUUAACAGCCCUGUAAACUCCACAAACAAGCCACGCACUCCCUCUUUUGUUUUGAAGGAAGGACUGGGUCAGAGCCUCUGACUCAGAGGUAACGUGGUGGUUUGCCCUCACAAUCUGACACUCCUCUGGACUUCCAUAUAUGGAAAGCACAGAGAGGAAAGGACUAAUGUUUACCUUCUGUGUCAUAUGAGGGAGGGGUAAAACUGACAAGCCCAUUCACAGGAAAAAGGUUUAGGUUGGGGUUGGUGCAUAUGCGUAGGAGAAAAAAAUGGAUUCAUGUAGAGGAGUAGAAAAGUAUGUAAUCCAUCAUUUGAACUACUGUAUGUGACAUAGAUUUAUUUACAUGCUAGUGACACGGUUACGCUCGAUUGCAGCCAGUGUUAUGCUGACCUGUCAUAACGAAGCUUGCAAUAUUUUAACCCUAUUUCUAUAAGCACAGGUGGAGCCCUCUACUGGACUCUAUGGGUCCUCCAAUCACAAGCACGCAUUUGCUCACUGAAAAUUUGCAUAAGUGUAACCAGCCAAUCAGGACGUGCCUAACCAAAUACACCCUCUUCAGCCAGCGGUGUAGGAGCCGCAGGGCCCACUUGGUGGAGGGCACCUCCUGUGCUUAUAGAACUAGGCUAACAAUAUUGUAAUUUUCAUUCCAACUCACACAGGCGUAGCACUCUACUGGACUCGAUGGGCACAAUGGGUACUGCAACAUCCACCCAUUAACACUGAACCUGACCGACCAAAGGUUACUCGCCGCAGCCCACCUACUUCUUUAUAACCUAGGGCACCACAGCAGAGACGUAGGGACACCCAGCCAACCCAGAUUGUACGUCCUGGAGCAUGUAGGUGUAUCAUGUCCUGAAGGGGGGACUCAGAUGCAACACAAUGGACACACACCCCAUCCUCUAAACCAAUCCUGGGUCGUUCUCUUACUGAGACACGAUAAUUUGGAGAGCCUUCAGAAAGAACAGGUGCUCUGAGGCCCACAACCAAGGGCUCUCCACCAUCCUAAACAGGGUAGCAGACCGACCUCCUUCAUGCCAGUUGAUGAAGGCCACCAUCUUGCAAUUGUCCGUCAUCACCAACACGUGCCUACCCUGUAUCAGGGGCCUGAAGUGUUCGAGGACCAAGAACACUGUAGCUCGAGGGGGUUGAUGUGUCUUUCCUCCAUUGGGGCCACACAUGUAACAGGUACUGGAUCUCUGCUGAGAUGGGAUGUCUCCGUGCGUCCCUACACAUUGAGAAAAUCCACCAGACCUCGGCCAGGCUGUAAAAACUAUGGCUGAGGCGGCAUCUACUUGGGUGUAAGCAAGGGGGGGCUGCGAUGCCCUGCCACAGUGGUCGUCACAAACAUGAAGAUAUUGUAAUUUACGUAAUUUGCAUGCGAAGCCGGUGUCUCAACAGGGAUGACCAGAUGCAGUGCUGGAACACUGCAGGCUACAGCGCGGACACGAUCUCAAGCUCCGGCCUGCACUCAUUGCAGCAAAGCAUCACAUAUCUGUGCAGUCCAUACCAAGGCACUCGAACCACGCGUCAUAAAGAUCUGUCCCGGUGAUAAGGCCGGGACAUAACAGGCACUGAUAAGGUUCUUAAAGCUGCGACUCCAUCCUUGGAGGUAGGCAGUCAGUGGGAAAAAAAAGAGGAUGUCAAGCAGCGAUGUGUGCUGCGUCCUAUCCUGUGGGGUCUGCACAUAUUCCAGUAGGCACGGUCUGAUUGGCUGGUUACACUUGUGCAAAUUUUCAGAGGGUGAAUGUGUGCUCUCGCUUGGAGGAGAGUAUUGCACACGGAGUCCAGCAGAGAGUGGAGUGAGUAAGAAUGAACAUUACCUUUCUCUGUCAUUAACCAUCUCUCGGUCUCUCUUCUCAGAAAUGGAAGCCAGUGUGGUUGUCUCUGUUUCCCCCCAGUAGUGGUGGAGUGGCUCGACUGGAAAUCCAGUAUAUGGGAGGUAGUUACCUUUUCUACUUCAAUCACUAUUUGUCCCAGUACGGUGAAAGAAAGUUCCAGGACAUCAGAAGAAUAUUUUUUUUAGAUAACUGAGAUCUAAUGAUAAUGCUAAACACACCACACACAAGCAGUCAAACGAUCAGAAUGGGGCAUAAAGGGGGACACCACUGAUUUUACACAUCAUCAUGGGUGGUAAUAUUCAGCCUGUGAAAACUGUGGCAUAAUAUCUUCUGUUCUAGAGAGCUUUCUAAAAGUGUACAAAAUAUUAAUAAAUAACUCUGACGAUGAUUUUUAGGGAAAGCCUGUGUCACAAACUGAGACAUAGCAUUUCAAAGAUUUGGGCUUUCGGCAGAAGAAGUCUAAUAAAGUAUCCUAUUGAGCUGCAUUGUGGGAAAUGAAGGAUGAGGAAUUUUUGGAGCUGGACACAUACUCGAUACUAAAUUCUGGAUAUCUCAGUGUGUACUGCAUCAAUGUUUUGACCAUUUUUAGUUAUGUGUGUCUUGCAAGUCUCCCAAAUGUAUGAAGGUGCAAUGCUAAAUUGGCUGGAGAACCCCUUCAAACAAGCCAGCAGUGUAGCCAGAUUACCUAAACUACUUGGGAUACUAGUUUGAAGGUAAAACUGAAAACUAGCACAUCUGAAAAAUAAUAAUUGUAAUGAUCCCUCAUUGCAUGGGAAGAAUUCUCAGUGUAGUAGAUCAAAGUUAAGGCAGCAAGUUGGUCUGUAUACCGUGAUAGAUGUUGAAAACCAACAGUUUGAUAAUUUUACUGUUUGCCUUUGUGUUUCUUUUCUAAAACAUGUAUGCCCGCAUGUUUUUUGACAUAAAAAUGCUUCCAUAUACACCGUAUGGGCCGGUAUAUGAGCCCCAUCAGCUUAAACAUUGCUAAACUACAUUUAAACAUUAACUUACAUUAUUAAAAACAAGUCAACAACUCAAGAUACAGCCCACAAAUGCUGUUCAUCUUAUGAGUAAGGAUAGUUUUUGUUAUUUUAAAGCAACAACUUGUUCAAUGACCUACAAAUAUUAUUUUCUUGGUGUAAAUAACCAGCCAAAAAAAAACUACUCAUACUACUUAAAAGGUAUAAUAUUUUACUGUUUGUAAACACACGGCAUUCAAAAUUGGAUACUCCUCCUUGGCUCGAGGAGAAAGCAAGGGAGAGAGAAAGCAGUGAUUGUCCAGCGAGUUACAAAGUGAAAGGAGAGAAGGAGUUGCGUUCGUGAGAACAAAGCAGUGUAUCAGAGAAAAAAAAACAUUAUUCUUUGAUUGUUUUACGGUGGUUACGUCUUAAAGCACAAAUUAACACAACCACACUUCUGAACAAGCCUUUGGGGAAGAUGCCGCAUUGCCGGAUUUUGGAUGAAUGCUGUUAAAGGGCAUGCUUCUACCUGACGGCUGUGCUUGUAUGCCAGGGUAAAUGGACACACAGCCACUCUGCACACGGUAGAUGAGAGAGAAGAAAAAGGGAAAAACAGAACGACGUAGCAAUAUAUUCUCACCUGUCAAAUACGGCCGCUUUGUAUCUGACGGAGCUAAAGUGGGCCUUGUGCCCAUGGAUGUAAUGCUUGUGCCUCAGUAUCAGAUGCCGAGGGGUGUGAUAAAGUGUCAGUAUCUGAUGAUCUGAACGGAUUGCAUACACUGUGACCUGCUAUCGGCUGGGGCUACACUCCCCAUGGGGCCAAAAGGCUCUUUGCUGAAGCCCAGAAAGUUCCUGAACACAGCCAAAUAAGAAGAAAGGUGUAAAUACAGGAAGAAGGCCGGGUGUCUUAAGAUACUGACACCACCACACCUUUCUAGUGGGUCAUAAGUGAUGACUUUGAGGGAUUCUUUUUGCAUGCGUGUAUGGAUAGUUUUUUUUGAAAAUUCCUGCAUAUUACACCAAUGCGGCUAUUAGGCUGGCAGAAGGUACAUCCCAAGUCUCUUAAGUGCAUCCAUGUUUCCCUCACUUACCUAGUCCCUUCCCCACACGGAUGCAUGGAGAGACGCAAGGAAACCAUGCAAUGAGAGAGGAAACGAGGAAAUGUGUUUUUAGAGAAAUGAGACGUCAUUUCCUCUGAAGCGUCACGUGAAGCGACGUCUGUUUCUGAUGACAGUGGCGGCGGAUCACAGCUGGAUCAGCUGUCAGUUGGCUUUAACAGCUGAAGAGACUUUUUAUGGAGAUUGUGUCGACGCACAUGUGCACUGUACUAAUACUAGAGAGCUGCUGGAGCCGAUCUCAGCUGGCACUGGGCGAAGGCAGGGUACACCAUUAUCGCAGGGCUGACACAUAGAGACAGACAACUAUUCACGCACCACUAUUUGCCUACGGGCAGUUUAAAAAAAGAAGAAAAUAGUUUGUGGUCCUUUUGUUGUUCAGACCUACGAUUAACCUAUAUAUUUUAACCAAAUGGUGAAUCGGAAAACAAAGCAAAUAUAAAACUUGAGAGUGAUACACCUGAGUUUAAUCUGUGAUCUGAAACUUCAGUGAUGUUGAGAUACAUCAGAUCAGUCCGAUCAGCUGCAGCGUCCAAUCAAAUAACUGAUAAACAAUGAGGGGGCCGUGACGGCCGUUAAACGACUUCCAUGAAGGCUUCUCUUGUGUAUCCUUGCUCAUGGCUCCUUAGAGAUCCCUCCUCGCUCCUCGACCUUCGCUCCUCUGAGUAGAAAUGAGAACUUUGGGACGCCGUCAAGAUGGCGGAGCAGAACAAAUUCGGGCUGAAGCGAGGAGCGAGGAAAUGACCAGGGACUUGAGAUGUACCCAAUCUUUGUGCAGUCUUAGAGGAUAUUUUCUAUGCUCAAAAUCAAAUCCUCACAAUGCAAAUUGUGUGUGACUGUUGUAGGUAAGUUUGAUGAAUGUUAUGAAACAAAUACCGUCCAGGUGAAUACAUUAUUAAUUCUGAAUUUAUUUUUAUUUUUGUUAAUCAAUGUCCUCAUUCUGUGGGGCUUUAUUUCAGGUUAUGUGUUUCCUCAAUGAAUAAUCUUAAUAUAACAUUGCUGUUCUUCCAUUAUGGUGGCGGUGCUGUAGGUGAUCAUGUGGCUGGGGUCAGGAGACACUACCAGCCUCAUGUGGACAAGAAGCUGAAGGUGGUUCGACUGUCUGAGCUGAUCAGUGUCCUCAGACUCCCCCCAAACGCGGAGGCCUGUCCCAUGGAGAACAUGUCAGCGUUUUGUGUGGAGACUCAGGACAGAACGAUGGUGUUUGCUGCACUCAAAGAGGACAGUGUUGAUUGGGUGGAAAAACUGUGUCGCAGCACGUUUCAGAGAAGCUUUGGCUCAGACUCCAAUCAGCUUCAAAUGGAGGACAACGAGAUAUAUGCCUCAGCAGAUGAAGAGUUCUGGGUGACGGUUCAGAGGACUGAUGCAGCAACACGUUGCGGCCUGAAGGGGUCAUACUGGCUGCAGGUGGGGCGAGAGGCGCUGCUGCUGAGAGAAACGCAGAAGAAGAACAUUGUUAGCGAAUGGUCAUACGAACUGCUGAGAAGAUAUGGAAAAGAUAAGCUGGCCAUCACCAUUGAAGCAGGUAGACGCUGUGACUCUGGUCCUGGAACAUUUACCUUUGAGACACAGCAGGCUGAGAAAAUAUUCUCCCUGAUUCAGAGUACCAUCAAUCGGAAGACUUCAACUGUUACUUUAGGCAACCAAAACCAAGAAGGUGAGAAAGUUCUCGUACCAAAAAUACGGGCUCAUUCCCCUCUCCCCAAAAUACCAGAUGUGACCAGUAUGGCUGUCAAUCAGGAGAACAAACUGAGGACACAGGGAAGUAAAUCUGCUGCUUUACAAGAGAGUGCACAUGCUCAAGAAGAUUCGGUUGGUUCGUCAGAGAGUGUAUCAGUGCAGCCAGCUCCUAUCACCCUCAUGCCUCUUCCACUGGUCCCCACACAUGGCAACCACUCUGGAGGUCAUCUUGGUGGCCAAUCAGAAGCUGUAUAUGCUGACCCAGCUGAUUGCAUCCAAUCUGUACCAAAAGCCCGACCGACCAUGGCUCUGUAUGUAGACCCUGCAAGUUUUCUCCCACUCAAACCCUCCAGCUCAAGAGAAACCAUCCCUCCCCUUACUACCUGGGCUCCACCUCCCUGUGUCACCACCGAUCACCCAGAUCCAGUCUACUCGGAGGUGUAUGACAAAAUCAGUCAAGUCCAGAAUACACAAACUGAAAUUCAGAGCAAAGGAAAAAUUGAGUGUUUUGCAGAUGAUGAACCCGUUUAUACUGAGCCCAAUGGCAAGAAGGAUGAAGUUUCUCUUAAAACUGAAAGCAAACCAGACCCAUUUGCCCAUCUUUAUGCCCAAGUUUGCAAAACAACACCAACAUUUAGUCUUUCUUCAUCCUCUAACACUACCCCAUCCUGCUCUUCAUCCUCUGCCUCGCUUACUGCCAGUAUGAGCACAACAAAGGCCACAGACCUGUCUGUUGAUGAUGUAAUCUACGAAAACCUGGGCAUCAUUUAAUUUUGUUGACAUAUUUUGGCACAGUGACUGCUAGAGACAUUGAGUUCAUUGAGACACUCUGCCUACAGUAGUAAGGACUCCUCCCGCAUGUGUAUAUCUGUAUACAAACUAGUAUUUAUUAUUUCUAAAGGGACAAAUAGGGCUGUGUGACUGGCUAUUCAAAAAUAAGCUAGUUGCACCAAACACAUUAUAGUGGGCUCCCUAAACUAACCUUUCCUAGAGAGUCGCAUUUUUAAGCACUGCACUCCUACUGAUACAUAAUAGUAUUUUUGUCAUGCCAUAAAACUGACAAUAUAUGAAACUGUUAAAGACUUGUUUGUUAGUUAGUUUAUGAUGUUGUUAUGUUACGAUGAUGUUAUGAUUAAAAUGUGUAUAGUGCUCUAUAACCAGUGAAGAUGAAAUUUGUAUUUUUCACAGUGUUGUUCAUAAAGUGUUGAGAGUUGUGCUUUCUAAGUCCUCCUUUCUUUCUGAGCGACAUCAUUUGUACCACGAACACAUACUGCAACAUAUCCUCAUACAACGGCUCUCAUGAUAUCUUACAACAAGUGACUGAGUAUGAUUGAAACAAGGCUCUGUAAAUGAAAAAAUAACAUUCCAUUUGUCAUAAGCAAUGAAAUUAACUGUUGAUCAAUUCAAUACACUUUGGAGUUUCUGCUGCUCCAGCCUCACUUUGUCUGGCAUGAGUCUGUAGCUUAUCAUGGCUAGUGUUAGCUAAUGUUUGCAAACUGCAGUUAUAAAAGUUUAAAAGACAUAGACAUAACUAAGUUUCUCACUAAUUCCUCUACAUUUGGUACUGUAUUUACCAUUAUCCUGUCACUUGUGGCCAGAGUGGCUGCUAUUUCAUAAAGGUGACAUCGUUUUUACAAGUUUUUAAUAAAAAAACAUCUAAAUAGUUAAACCUGACUUGAAGCUACUUCAAGGAACUAUAUGUUUGUGUUGAUUUCUGUGGUCCCAGGGGAAAAAAGGUGGAACUGUUUCCAACCACCAGAUUCCCUUUAGAAAACCUCUCAUACAGCAAGGUCUGACAGUCCUGAUUCUUGUUCCCUCAUGCCUC